UUUAACAUUUAACUAUUUUGUGACAUCGUUAAGUAAAAAGUCGUUCUUACAAGAGAAUAGAUUUAAAAGAAACGACAAUGUUCAAUGAACAUCGCGAAAAUAUGUUACAUAGGCGUUAUUGUGCCGUUAAAUUAUUGUUUCUAAAUAAAUUUUCCAAUUGUCACGCUGUUAUGGAAUGUGUUCAAUAUGAUUUUUAUUUCCACUGAUAAUAACACCAAGUUAACAAUUCAAUUUUAAUGAAAGGUGGAAAUGGAAUAUUGGUAAUCCAGAUGGUGAGAUGGUUGAACCGGGGGCUACUGAAAGUAUAGAAAUAUCAGACGACAUUGAUCAGCCAAAAGACUGUAAAGAAGAAACAGGAAUGCUGUUAGGAAGAACUUCAGACAGUUAUGAUAAAUGUGAUGAAUUUGAUGAUUUUGUUGAUGGAGAUGUAAGUACUAAGGUUGGUAUGGAUACAGAUCAUACAGAUUGUGAAAUAACUGGUAUAAUUGUGAAGACAGACGAAGGUACUGAGCAGAGUAUUUCUGCAGAUGUUAUAGCACAGAUCGACUUUGAAAUUGCCAAGUCCUUAAAGGAAGCGUUUUCAAAAAUUGGUGAUUUUGGAUUAAAUAAUAAAUCUAAAGUUGGGAGCAACAGUUUCUUCCUUGAUAAUAAACUGCCACAGCAUAGAAAUGAAAAGCUAUGGCAAAGGACCAGUGAUGAGGUUAAAGGGUCUGACUUAACCUUAUCUCAAAUGACUAAUAUACGUAAAAAGACUACAAGUGAUUUAAAGGAACUGAAUGGGUGUUUUCAAGAUGAUCAAAUUUCUUCAUCAGUCAAGGACAGUUUUCUUCAAAGGAGCACCAAAUGUGGGAAUGAUGCUCUAGAGUCUAUAUCAUCUGAAGAUGGUCAUGCAGUUGACAAUCAUUCUGUUGAUGUAGACCUACCUGAUAUUGUUAAAGAAGAUUGUUCAACUGACAGAGGCGAUAAACUGGAAGAUGAUGUUGUCUGGAUUUGUUUCAUCUGUGCAAAAGAGUUUGCUGAUCAAUCAAAGUUGAUGUUACACCAAGAAAUAUGUGAGACGGAUCGAAAAAGUUUAACAAAGGAGGACUUGCUCAAACCAUCUCUACCUCCACAAGGUAGUCAUCUGACCAUCCCAUCAACACUUUCAGAAACAAAAUGUAAUUGUCCACCACCUGUUCCUACGUUGUUGAGAAAAGUUGGUUCUAGUUUAAAGUCUUUACCUUUAGGAAUACCUACAAAACGAAAAGAGAGGCAAUCUCGAAAAUUAGCAGACAUAUAUAUUCCACCAUCCAGAAAUGUGUACUUUGAAUCUCUCGGCUUAUAUCCUACACCAAGUGUUGAGGCAAUAUGGAAGUCUCCAAGGAAGAGUGUUAGUGAUGAUGACUGUCAGAUAAUCGAUCUUACAAUGGAGGAUGCUCCCCAAGCUGUACCAUUGACACCACGUACCCGUUCAAUGUUGUCACAGUUAAGCAGAGAUGAUAGUAAUACUCGUAAACGUCAACUUAGUUUUUCAGAAAGUACACAUCUGUCUAGGGUAAAAGAAGAGCCAUCAGUUGAGAAGGAGCUGUCUGAGGAUUCUGAAUGUAGUAUUGAAGAAAGUAUACAAAGGCACAAAGUCCCAUCAAAGUCAGCUAUUCUUGGAAUACCUCUGACAUCUCCUCUUGGACAACGAUUGAAGAAACACUGGAAAUAUGAAAACAAGGUACCCAUUGUCAGUGAUAUUGAAAAGUUUUGUAAAACUGAUGAUGAAAACAUUUUUCAUUUGAACAAAGUUGAAAGAAAAAAUCGAAUGGUAGAAAAAUUAAGAAAUAGACCUCCCGCUCAAUGUACAUUCCGAUUCACAAAGAAAUAUAUCAACAAGUGGUUUCAUUUGUACAAGUUUAAUAAGGAUGAUAGACGGGAAUUUGCUAAAAGAUUAAAAUUUGGCCUUGAUAGAGAUAGUAGAUUAAAGCUGAAAAAAAUGAAACCAUGUAAGGUGGUUGUUGCAAGAGUCAGUAAGAAGGAUGUAAAGUACUGGACAACUCCACGUUUGAAAGCCUUGCCUAAAAGAGCUUUUCCACAAUUCAGCAUGGCAAAUGACUUUAAUAGACAGUUCAGAUUCAACCAGGUACAGUAUGCAGCCUCUAACAAUAUUAUAAGACCAGUGCAGGCACCAAUGUACAACCAGUUCAUACAACCUGUAUCAGUUGUAAGACCAACACCACAAUUACUUGUCCGCACAGUACCAAUGGGUGGUCAAGGAAUGCGUCUGCAGGUUUUACCAAUUCAACAGACACAGCAGACCCAGCCUCUAUUUCCACCUGCAAGGAGUGGUCUUGUACCAGUGGCUUCCCAAGCGACAUCUAGGAGUCAGAAACGUAAACAGGUGUUUAAUAAUGUAAGGGAAGAUGAUGGAAUGGUGAUAUGUUUGUCGUCUGAUGAUGAAGAUGAUAUAGUCAUCAAACCAGUACUAAAACCACAGUGUAUAUUACCCAGUAUUGAUACAGAAGAAAUCAGGGACCAUAGUAAGAGGAAGAUAGGUCCAGCAAGUUUCAUGCGUCGGCAGUCUAGAGACAGUACGUCUGCUUCAAUAACUGACAAACCUAGUGCUCACUUUAACUUCAUUCAUUCCAUGCCAGUGAAUACAGGACAGCUUAUACAGUACCCAAACACCGCCUCUGCUAGAGUGUUUGGACUAACUAAUGCACAUAAUGCAACAGUUCCUCAAAAACCUGUGUCUAAUUGCAAUAUGUCUCAGUUGAAUGUGAAUGAUAAUAAAGUAUCAGUGGUUACCCAUACUUCACAAAAUGAACAUCCACUAAAAGAAUCUAGCCAGACUGUGCAAUUAAAUACUGAUAUAAAUUUGGCUCAUAAUGAGUCUGUGCAAGGUGUAACUGAUUAUAUGGAUUAUGAAGUGAUAUGUAUUGAUUCAGAUGAAGAUGGUGAUUAAUAAAUUUUUCAGUGAGAAUGAAAGUUCUCAAGUUUAUCUUUGUCAAACAAAGAAAAAGUCAUUCAAAUUGUUGUACAUAAGUAUCAGAUACCAGUAUACCAGAUGUACCUAUAUUUGUUCAUUGAAAAAUUGUGUAUGUAAAUUAAAGCUAUAUGAUAUUUUGAAUAAAUAUGAACAUUUGAGCAGUCUUUCAUCAGGAUUUAUAUUGACAGAUUCUUAAUUCACAUAUAAAUGGAAAAUUAUUUAUACAUUGUAUUAAUAAAAUAAUAACUAAAAAAGCUAA